AUGCAGAACUCUCCCAACAGGACUGCACCUCGAGAAUACAACGAUCGACGAGGUAGUGGACCGCAUUACCCCAAGUACUACGAUGCAGAUGGACAAAACAUCAAUCAACGCCCGCCCACUAGAAACCCGAGAACGAUGGACAUUCCCAUCCAAGAUCACAGACGAGCUUCUUUGACCGAGCAAUACUCACCGACAAAUACAAACAACCCGUCUUCCGCCCGUGGUGUGUCGCACGACAUGUCUCGGCCACCAACCUACGACGGACCUCAAUACGAAGACCCAGUGUUGCAGCAGCAAGUGCAACAACCAAAGAGACGCGGAUACCGCCGAACCGAUUCCGAAGAGGUGCAAUACCGAGAUCAAAACACCGUUCCGCAAUCCUCGACCGGGAGAGCCGUCCAAAUUCAGAACUCUCGAGCAGAAGCCAGUCCCAAUCAAUCCAUGCCCAUGGCGCGUGAUCAGCGUCACGGCUCUCCCCCCAAGAACCAUUCCCCUCACAGAUCAAGUGGUCCGGAGUCGCCAGAGCCUGUCAUCUCCACCGCCAGAGCCGCAUCCAUCCAGAUUCAGAAUGCCGCUGCAGGUGCCAGUAUCCAACGCCUUGAGAGCCCCCGGAUCAUGACCAGCGUUCUCCAACCACUGGACGGCAAGGUCAAGGAGUACAGCUCUCGCAUGCAGAACGCGCAGGCGCAAAUGGCCCAGCUGGAUGCCGAGAUGGCGGCGCUGAUGGAGAGGAAGAAGCAGUCCGAGAAGAGAUUUCUGGAGGCCAAGACCAAGCAUGAUGAUUACAGACGUCAGUACCAGGGGGUAGAGAGGGCGCUGAGAGGGGAGCCCGCGGAUCUUGUGACACGCAUCAAUUACGAAUCCGACGAGGACGAAAGUCCUUCGAGACAACAAACCAUCCAGUUGCCAAACCGCCAGCAACAGAUCCGAGGCUCGAACUCUCGCUCCGAGUCUUGGAGCUCCGUCAAGAAGCCCAACACGAAGAGCGGGAGCCGAUUCUCGGUCAGCAAACUCUUUGGUGCUUCUUGA